AUGGAGCACUUUACCUCUGCCUCGCGGCUGAUCAACGAGGUGCAGGAGUCGCUCUUUCCGAAGCUCGAGUCCUGCCACGAUGCCGCCAGCCUGGGCGUGAUCGAGGGCGCCAUCGACGAGCGCGUGAAGCAGCUGGAGGCCAUCCUCGACCGGCUGGAGAUGUCGGUGAACAAGGCGACGCCGGCACAGCGCAGUUCGCUCAAGUUCAAGCUCGACCAGCUGAGACAGGAGCACCGCCAGCUGAAGACGACCCUGGGCACGAUCCACCAGCGGCGACUGCACCGAGAGCGGGAGCAGCGGGAACGGGAGGAGCUGCUCCACCGGCGAUUCACCACCAACGACAGCCUCCACCAGCGGUCGGGUCUCUUCGGUGCUGACCAGCACCAGCAGACCACGAACAUCGAGAUGCCGAACAGCAGUGAGCAGUACUUCAGCCAGGAGGGCGACCGACUGCACGGCUUCCACCGACAGGUGGACGACAUGCUGGCGCAGGGGGCGGCCGUCAUCGGCAGCCUCCGGGAGCAACGGGCCAGUCUGCAGUCGGUGCGCAGUCGAAUCGUCGAGGUGCUGGGCACGCUGGGCCUCUCCAACUCGGUGAUGAGACUCAUCGAGAAGCGGGUGCUCACCGACCGCUACAUUCUCUUUGCCCUCAUGGCCCUCUUCACGCUCUUUAUGUUCCUCGUGUGGAAGUACCUCACCUAG